UUCCUUCUUCAUUUACGUUACAGAUCGUCGACACCCAAAUCCAACUCCAUCGAGAUACUGUGCAUAUCCAGUGACUUGAUCCUCCAUUAAUCUCUGUCAAUUGAAUUGUUUCCCGAUCAGAUGCCAUAACUUGGACAUCCUGUGAUGGCCACCUUCCUUUUUUUUUGCUAUAUCCUUUGUACCAUCGCCAUCUCGCCGGAAUCUCUGCAAUUUCCGAUGAUCUCUCCUUCACCGAUCUUCUCUGGUGACUGUCGGUACUCUCACCCUUUCCCACUAAAACCGCCGAGCUCUAACUCCUUUGAUUUUACUGAUAGUGAAGCUAGAUGCAAAUCUUUUCUGACCAGAAAUUUGCAUCUCCUGCGAUUUCUCUUAUCGCAAUUACUCUCUGAAAUCUCAGCGGUAACAGUUUCUCCUAUGAACAUCUCAUGUUCUUCAACUGUCACGAUAAACUCAGCUUCUUCCGAGGAACAGCCCAUGUUCUUCAGCUACCUAGAUGACCUCAGCUCCACCUGGAAUCAAAGUGUCCUCACCGUAAUUCCAGCCACCUCAGGAGAUCCUGUUCUGAGGUCAGAACCUUUUCAAGAGGUAGAGAAUGAUGAGGAGAUCGAGACAAGCAUCACACAAGCCGAUAAAGAGCUGAUCACCAUACCGACUAUGAGACACGCAUCAAGGACAAGAUCAGGCACUAAGAGCUUAAGAGAGGAGUUUAACAAUUCAAUAGAGCAUGAAGAACUCAAGGAGAAGCUGCUCAAAGGGGAGAUCACCCAAGAAACACCAAUGGAGCGAGAGUUCAACACCCUAGAGAUACAAGACUUGGAGAUCACAUCAGGAUCAAACCUUGAGGAGUUCAAAGACUUUCAAGAAACCAAGAACACUAAAGAAACUUCGAGCAACGACUACUCUCAACUCAAGCUUCAAACUGUGUCAUUCUUGCCGGUCUUGCAAGGCAAUAGGGAAGCAGCCUUGUUCCCCAUCUCCAAACAACCUCUUCUCCUAAACCGAAGUUGUUAACCAAACCGGUGGAGAUGAGUUCACAUAAAUCAUAUUCUCUGGAUAGACUCUAGCGCUGUGAGCUAAUGCGUCCGCCUUGGUGUUCUUCGCUCGUGGUAUGUGGAUCAGUUUGAAAAAAAGGAACUUCUCUCUGUAUUUCUGGAUUUCCCCCAAUUAUAGUGCAAAUGCUGGCCGUUCCGUUGGUGCCGACACCAUCUUCACCACAUCAAAACAGUCUGUUGCAAAAACUACUUCUCUUCGCUGAUUUUCAAUCAUGCACAGCAUUGCCCAUAAUAGUGCCUCUACUUCUGCAUGUAAAGGAGAUAAGCUUC